ACAGAGAAUGCCAAGAAAGUAAAUUGCAUAAUCCACCUAGGUCCAUCUUCUGUGACAAACACUGUUGAUUAUCAGAACUGGAUGGAAGUUUUUGGCACCACACAGCAUAUCAUGGCAGGCCAUGACAAGUAAGUAAAAACAUGGAAAUUCCUAUCUUGAAAGGUAGUUCAAGGAUAUCGUCGUGUCUUAAUUUUGUAUGCCCUCAGCUCUUCCCAUCCUUUGGAUUCUGGCCCGUGGAACCUGCAACUGAUGUUGAUUUGGAGGAAAAUAAGAGUACUUCAUCCCAAACCUGUGAAAGUGUGACGGCAGCAAAGCUGAAGAUGAGCAAAAAAACUCAGAUAAGUUUCAAGAUGGCAGUAGUUUGAGAGAAAGUGGUUGGAGAAAGCGCCCAAAGGGCAAUCCAGAGACCCCCUAUUGUGUUGAGAAUGCAACAAGAGAAGAUAUGGAAAUUACAUUUUUGGGUACGGGUUCAUCCCAGCCUUCGAAGUAUCGGAAUGUUAGUUCCAUAUACAUUAACCUGUUUGCACGAGGAGGUAUGCUUCUGGACUGUGGUGAAGGAACUUUAGGGCAGCUGAAAAGGAGGUUUGGUGUAAGCGGUGCUGAUGAAGCUGUAAAAUGUUUGAGGUGCAUCUGGAUUUCCCAUAUUCAUGCUGAUCACCGUACUGGUGUGGCUAAGUUCUUGCGUUAAGGUCAAAAUUGUUAAAAGUUCUUAGACUGCAGACAGACUUUAAAGCCCAGUGUCGUAGCCCGGGGCUUAGACACGGGGGAUGCUGGGCACCCCUUUUUAGGUUCGGCAGUGGGCGAUGGGGAUCGCUCCGGCGAGGCCAAUGACGAGCGUAGCAAUGAACAAGCAAGUUUACCCAGGUUCGGGCCACCCAGAGGUGUAAAACCCUACGUCCUGCUUCUGAGUAUGUAUUAGCCAAUGAAAAAGUGUUUAUAGGUUGCCGGGGGAGUCCCCGGACGGUCUCUUCCUUUUUGCUAAAUGGCUAUUUACUAUUUCUGGACUAAAUCUCUAUGAAUAGUAACCCAGCUAGAGUCGACCCUUUUGACCAGUGGCCUCGGUCCUCCUUUUAUAGUCAAGAGGAUACCACAGGUGCUUGCCUUUGCUGCACUGGCAUGCAUGCACGGUACAAAACACUGUAGCUAGGGCGAUAUGCGUCCUAGAUUCACUGCGAGCUACUCACUGUAGGUUGACUAGACAGGAAACCACUUCCCUGUCGGAGCAUUUAAUGCUCGACUUGUGCCACACUUCAAGCUCCGACUAGCCCUGCACAGAAGGAGCUUGUCGGGCGGCCACGUGGCGUCUACAUCCUGCCUGCACCGGGCACCGGCCCUGACGUAAGCGCCUACGUCAGGAGACACUCUCCCCGACAAGUGAGCUUCCAGGAGGGCAUCUUGAUGGGAUCUUCACGCUGUCAUCCGGGGUAACCCCCGCAGCCCGGCUAGUCCUGCUCCAGGGCAACCCCCUUCCCAGGCUCCUGUCGGGCUGGUGGCUUCCCGGGCAGCUCGCACUGUGCUACCCAGGGUGCCGUCCUUGCGGGGAGCAAGCGAGGCGACUCACGCGUUAAGCAACGGUGGUACACCGGGUGACACUGGUGCGACAGUAGCCCCCGGGCGUGGCCGGCAACGCUUGUUCCCGGGUGAAAUCAUCCUUGGUUGGCUGCCGGGCUACACCCUAACCGACGCGUGGGUCCUAAGUCGUUGCGGGUUCCCGACCAUGUGCUGUUCAAGGGACUCCGUCGUUACGGGCAGAGUGGGGGGGGGGGGCGAGAUUUCCGCCCUAACCUUCCCCAUAAUUGCGGGUGGUUAAGGCCACGUCGUGCAUUCCCCUCUUAAAACACAGUUAUCCCCAGCGCACCCGUAGGGUGCGGGAUGUGACCGUUGCUCAGCGCUAGGGUGCCAUAAAACCCCGUCGCUGUGCUGGGGGGCAAUCACUUAGACCCCAGUCGUUCCUCCUCAUCCCCAUCCCUCCUCGCGCCCCUAAUCCUGCUAAUCGCCACCCACAUUCCCCAUGGCGCCCAAGGUCCCCAAGAGGGGGAAGGGUUUCACAAGCUCUGCGGGUGACAAGGGCAAGAAAGCUCUCAAGAAGCCCCUGUCGGAGAAGGAGCAGAGGAAUCGGGAGAAAGGGCCAAGCGGGCCUUCUUCAAGCCCGGCUUCAACGGUGAGGGGGUCGACAAGAUUCGGCACGCCGUCGCCACCUUGUUCAACGAGUACGGCGAGACGCUCAUCUUCCUUGCCGGCGGCGACCACCAAGACAACGACUUCUGGGUGUUAGCCCGCUUCAUUCUAGUUGGGUUCGUGCCUCCGUAUUCCCUUUUCCUCCAUGCUCUCAUGGCGGCGUACCAGCUCAAAGUUGCGCAGCUCCACCCCACAUCUCUUUUCCUUCUCGCCGUCUUCCAAUUUCUCUGCGAGGGGUUUGUCGGGGUGAUGCCGUUAGUGGCGUUGUUCCGCCAUUACUUCUACCCGCGCAUCGAGCAGACGGGAGUGAUGUCGUCGGGGGUCUCGUUCCGCGCCCGCGACAAGAUGAAAUCGGAGUUCAUUGUGCAGACCGACAAGAAGAUCGAGAAGGAGUGGCGCGCGGACUGGUGUUGGGUUCGCGUGGACGAGCUCGACAAGUUUCUCCAUACGCCCACCGAGCUGCCGGCGAAUAACGGCAGCUGGCUGGACCGCUACGGCCGGGACGCGGAGCUCCUUCCCAUCGUCAAGAAGAUCAAGGCCCUGCGGCUAGCUGGGCUCACCGAUCUGGACCCGAAGUUCUUCCUCCAACUGCACCCGAAGUUCACGGCCAUGCACGAGUUCGCGUCGCGCACGAUUCCAUCCCGAUUUCUCCGCACACGAGCCUCUACUCCCGAAACCCCGCGCGUCAUCUUGAGCCCCACCCUUUUCUCCUCCUUUUCCCCCAACUCCACGGUCGAUUUCGCACCUUCGGCACCGGAAUUUCUCGCCGGAGCAAACCUUCAGGCGCACCGUUUUUGCGAAGCCGCCACCGCCCCGGUGAGUUCCUCGCACCGGCAACCCCCUCAUCCUUCUCCCCUCUCUCUCGCGCACUGUGUGACGCGUGCCGUUCUGUUUUUGGAGCUUCGCAGCGCCCAGUCGCCGGCCGCCGCCUGUCGCACUAGUGGCACCCGGGGUACCACCGUUGCGCGAUGCGUGGGUCGCAUCACCGAGUUCCCGGGAAGGCAUCAUCCCGGGAAGCAGUUAACGUGCUGCCCGGCAAGCCACCAGCCCGGGGGGGCUAGCGGGGCUUCGGAGAAUAUUCCCGCCUGGACACCUCCCGUGAAGCCACUUGCCGGGAAGGGGUUCCCGGGCGCAGGCUCCCGUCGUGAGGGCGGGGCCAAGCAGGUAGAGCAGCGGCGCCACGUGGGCGCGCGUCGGGCAUCCAGUGCGCAGUUUCGCCAGGGCGAGGAGUGAAACACAUGGCGCAUUUAAUGGGCCGACAGGAGGGAAGUUACCCGUCUAGUCAGGUAAACAGUGGCUGUCCAGAGCUAGUUCUUAGGCCUUAGGCCCUUAGCUGAGGAGUUAGCACUCAUGCGUGCCACCGGCGCACCGAGGGGGAGUUGCCCAGCCUCCUUGCUCGCCACUUGUAAUGCAUGCACCAUGCCACCUGUGGUAUCCCCUUGGCUAUAAAAGGAGGACCCUCGCCGACGGUCAAAGAAGGAGAGAGAAAAAAAAGGGGGGAAAAUGGGAAAAAAAAGGAGAAAAAAAAGGAGAGUACCCGGGAACUCACCCGGCCACUUGUAAAACACUCGGUUUUGCAAUAAUACGAGCUCAGACAAGCAGGACGUAGGGUUUUCCACCUUCGGGUGGCCCGAACCUGGGUAAAAACGUGCAUGCGUGUGUUCCUAGCUUGCAUGCAUUCUGGGUGGAUCACUUUGCAGUUUGCGUACGCCAUCGGCCACGCCGGCGAUCGUCGGAGCGAUCCCCGACGCCCUUGCCGAACCUAAAAGGGGGUGUGCCGACACGCCCCCGGUGUCGGAGCCCCGUGCGACGACACCGUCGG